AAACCAUCGUCUAAAUAAUAUCAUAUGAACAAAAUUAUGGAGAAAAAAAGAAAAGAAAAGCCAUUGCUAUGGUGCUGUACAAAAAACAAUUUGAGGUACAAAAUGUUGCAAAACCGUCACCUUCAGAUCCGGCGCUACGAAGAAGACCCUGGGGCGAGGUUGUGAAUACGUCACAUAGUUAGGUCCUGGGGACGAGGAUGCGUCAUUGCUGAUAACUGCGCGCGCAACAAAAAUAGAAAUUGUACACGCGGGAAAAAUCACAGUGGAAAAUCCAAUAAAAAAAUCAUAUAAAAAAAUGAAAUAAUGGCUGCUGGAAGACAAUCAAGACAAUUGUGCAAUUUUUUAAGAUUUUCAAGAGGAAGAUAUUCGACGAUCAAGGAAGAAAUUACACAUUUUGGAUUCGAGACUAUCUCAAAGAAAGAAAAAUCAGAAAGAGUUCAUCACGUGUUUGAAAAUGUGGCUUUGAAAUAUGAUCUAAUGAAUGACCUAAUGAGUGGUGGUAUUCAUCGGACUUGGAAGGAUUAUUUCAUUAGAAAAAUAAAUCCUUGUUAUGGGAACAAAUUAUUAGAUGUUGCAGGGGGAACUGGAGAUAUUGCAAUGAGAUAUCUGAAUUUUAUAAAGUACAAUCAGUGGGAAAAAAAGAAAAAAGAAAAAUGGGGAGAAAUGUCACAAGGAAAAAGAAGUGAAAUUAUUGUCUGUGAUAUUAAUCAAGCAAUGCUUGAUGUUGGGAAGAGAAAAGCUAAACGUUUUGGAAUAGAAAAUGAUAUAGCAUGGGUAUGUGGUAAUGGUGAAGCACUACCUUUUGAAGAUAACACAUUUGAUAUUUAUACAAUUGCAUUUGGAAUACGUAACUUUACCAAUGUUGAAAAGGCUCUGGAAGAAGCUCAUAGAGUAUUGGUUCCAGGUGGAAGAUUUAUGUGUCUUGAAUUUAGUGCAGUUACAACUCCAAUUUUUGAGAGGUUAUAUGAAAUGUAUUCAUUUCAAGUGAUACCAGUGAUGGGACAAAUUAUUGCUAAGGAUUGGGAUUCAUAUCAAUACUUAGUGGAAAGUAUUAGACAAUUUCCUAAUCAGGAUGAAUUUGCUUCAUUGAUAAGAGAUUCUGGCUUCAGAAUGGUGAAUUAUGAAAAUCUAACUUUUGGUGUAGCAGCUAUUCAUUCAGCAUUCAAACUGUAAAUAUAUUUUUCAUAGAGACGAUGUAUAUUUUUGAGGUAUAAAUUAAAUCAUGCCAAUAAUAUAUGCCUAAUAAACCCAUGCCUAAGGCACCACUUGCAUUACUAAUCAUGUUGGUGAUUCACAAACCUUUUUAGUUCGAUUUUUACCCUUCCUGUUUCUGAAAGUUGCUAAUUUGAAACAAUUGCAUGUUUAGAAAUUUAUUUCACUCUCACAACUCAACUGAAUAUAAAAUUUAUACAUCAAUGCAUAUGUUUAGUAUCUAUAUAUUAUUAUAUUGCAUAACGUAAUGUUAGUUCAAAUGUUUUAUACAAAACAAGAUGCCAUUAAAGUUCACUCAACCAGACUUAAACAACAAAAUAGCAACUUGUCCCAAGUAGAAGUAAAUGAAAUG